AUGCACUCCGAGAGUUGGGAUGGUUCAGUUGUUUGUUCCCGUGCUCGAGCUGUGUCGCCGCGCAGAGGCCUUUCGUCAGGCGGGCUCGACUGGAAAGUGGCGUGGCCUCCUGCCGCAUGGUGGAUGAUGUUGCGUGCAUGCUGCUGCUCGCAUCCCUCAAGCAGUGGCGAAGCGUCCGGCCCUGCCUAUCUGCCCACCAAAAACGCUUACCUCCUCGUCCUUGCCUCGUUUUGCUCCCGGCGAACGCCAUUGGGAUCCUUGCCGCCUUUCUUCACAGCGGGUAGCACGUCGGGAGAGUCCGCGGAGGGGACGUGGCUGCCCUCGUCGCAGAUGUACAGAGUCUUGGCAUUGCUCGGACGUGUGCAGUUUCUUUCGACAAGGACCAUCGAGGAGCAGUCGAGGUGA